AUGGCCAGUCCUUUGUGCAAAAAGCAGCGAUCAAACAAAAAACGGUUUCAAUAUUUAUUGGCCACCCUGUAUAGUUAAAGCGAAAAAUGAAAUCAAUCCAUUGAAAACAAUCUCGUAAAUUAAUAAAAGAGAUAGAGGAAAAUGAAGCAAUAUCUUAAUCAGAAAUAAUGUUUUAUUAAAGGCGCACGCAAGGGGGAACACCGAUAGCAUCGAAGCGAAGCGCCGAAAGGGGUUCUCUAGCUCCGAGGAGAAUUAAAAUCGUGACAAGCUGGCGCGGAAUGACCUAUAGCAGGGGCUAAAAACCUUCUCUUUUCAGAAUUUUUUUUAUUGGAAAUCGGCAUCCUGCUUUAAUUUCGAAACAAAUCAUUUAACCUUCAGUUUUGAACAAAUUAGUCGCUCGAAGACAUUUGAUGAAAUGAAACUUAUUUUUAUCCAGAAGAAUUUUAAGUUUUUGAGAGCUUGAACAUUUUUACUUGAACCCUUAUGUCGAAUUUUUUUCGCGCGCAAAAGGCUGGAGUGCUAUCCAGUUGAUGUAUGCUUAAACCUCAGUUUCCCGAACAGAAUCCUGAAUUUUUUCAGAUUCACAGCGGUCCACUACCCGAUCCGACACAAGCAGGAAUGGUGGACGGUGAAGGUGGCCAAAUUGUCUUGCCCUGAGAAGUUUCGAGCAUGACCUUGAGGGUUGUUUGCAGAUGACCCGGGUGCUUCUCGUCCUCCAGUGGACCCUCCCACUUCUCUGCAUCCUCCCCUUGAUUUUCACCAGCUUCGGAUUCGUUUUCGACCAUCAGUCGGGGUCCGUCGUCUUUGCCGCCAGUGAUCAUCGAUUUCAUAAAGUUAUUAUUAUUUUUUUUUUUCGAAUGGUUUUGGGCUCAAAGUAGUGUGCUAAAUUGUGAAUUUUUGGAUAUCAAAUCAAUUUUUCUGUUUGAGUUUAUUCUGCCAGAAGUUGGGGGAAAAUUAGUUAAGAUUAUGGAGAAAAAUUAUAAAAAAUUAAGUUUUCCUACUCCCGGCCUGUUAUGCCUUAUCAUUUGAGGAUUUUAAGGUUUUUUGAUUCUCUUGUUUUUUUUUUUUAAAUGAAUUCAAAGCUUUUUUUUCUCAGGAUUUAGGAUAAAGUUUCAAGCUUCAAGGUAGUAAACUCUCGAAAAAAAAUGGGGGAUGAAAUUUUCCUUUUUUUGGAGUCUUACUUUGCUAAAACUGAUCUACAAAUUCUAAAAAAGUCAUUCCAAGACCGGAAGUUCUGACUUAGAUUUCACAAUUUACUUUUGCAUAAGGAUUUUAGUAAUCAAUAAAAACUGAUAAGAAGUACUGAAUGUUGAACAAGUGUGCUCUAAAGACAUAUUAUGAGAAACGAAUCAAGAAAUUGUUGUAUGUCAGAUCACGGAAAGAAAAAAACCAGGCAUAACGUUUCUAAGCAAAUUUUGGGAUCACUUUUCACCCUUCGGAUCUUUAAAAUCUUCUUUAGCUCAUUUUUCUGGUAACUUGUGCGCUCUAAUCAUACAAUAGUGACGGCUCGGACCUAACGGACGUGCUCCAGACGUUUCUGGGCAUUUCUAGGGAUCACUUAAGAGUGCUGACGCUACUAAAGUGGCCACUAGAAAUGCUCCGAGACGUUUUUUUGGUUCGAUUCUGUAGUUUGAUCAAAUGUCCUCAAGUUGAAAGCUUCGAAAUUUGUUUUCCACGAAGUUCAUAGAACCAAAAAUCAGUCAAUGCAAACAUCACGCUUUCCCAAGUUUUUCGAUAAUCUUUGUACCUGAUUCGUUCGAUUUAACGACACCGUUCCUGAUAUGCGAAAUUGGCAACAUUUCCUUGGUCUUGAAAGUACACAAUUGAGGGAAAAAGAGUGUUUUUUUACUUUGGAAGAAAAUUUUCAAUGAUAAGUUGAUAAAAAUAGAGUUGCCCAUGUAAUUAGGUCUUAAAAAAGUCGAUUUUUCCUUAUUUUUUCUUGGAAUUUUACUAGAAGCGUGAUUUCGAAAUUAUAAGAAAGAAGGCUUUUUUUCGAAUAUUUCAAAAUUAUCAGGUUUUUUUUUCCAGAACUACUUCCUGGGAUUGGCGAUCCUUGAUGGAGUCAUUAUCAAUAUUAUCGUCUCCGUACUGUAUAUUUCAAUAUUUAUUAGGUAUUAUUUUUGUGAAAAUUCGGAAAAAACGUUACGACUCAGAGUUCGAAGCCACGUGGUCGUCCGGAAACCUGGAGAACUCGCCUUGAGAUUGGCCCUCUCGGCUUUCAUUAUUUUCGCCUGUUACCUUUGUUUGGGGGUAAGAUAAUCGCCUAUUAAAUAUUUUCAGAACGUUCGCAAAAAAAGUUUUAGUUUCCUUUCUUUAUGCCCCAUUUCAUAGCUCAAAAAAUUUUGUCUCACAUUCGGGAAGGCUUAGGAAGAGGGGAUUACUGCCUUUGAAAAGUCUUUGCUAACAGCGGAGUGUCGUUUGGUGAAAUUUCAAGUCGUGGCACACAGACUAUAUUGAAGCGUAUAACUUUGAGGUGUUCUCCUUGCUGUCGGCCUUGUCUCCCCCGCCAGACGCCGGCGUCUACCGAACUCUGUGGUUUGUGGUCAACGACGCCCUGUGUGCCUCAAAUGCUCCGGUUCUGUUGGCCUUGAAUAGACCGAUUAGAAAGGUUCGACCUUUUUUCGAACUCUAAAGAGUCCCACAACGAAAUCGCGACUUUUCCCGCGAAAUUCAAAAAUUUCGUGCCCAGAAAAUGUUUAAUCGAAUUAAAAAUCUCCCUUCCAGACGUUUCUACGUCGCCUGGGAAUCUACGCGAAAGCCGUCAGCACCAAAAAUGGCAAUUCUUUGCUGCAAAACUUCUAA